CCCAGUUUAUACAACGUGAACAGUGGGAAAUCGAGAAAUAAAAGAGUUUUAUUUACCUUCAGUCUCAGCUCCGAGCGACAAACAUGAGUCACGUGGACGUGAAGAACCUGAAACCGACGCAGUUUGAAGACGAAUAUUACGAUGAAUACGAGUACUACAACCUGAGCGACAAAUACACAGAGGGUUCGGCCCGAAAAGGCAGAACCAAGAAGGAGGCGAGCGACAACACCAACCGACACAAUCCAGGCGGACACGAGCGCAAGAUCGUGGAGAAGCUGCAGAACACUGAAAAGAAAGACAAAGAGUGAAGGACGCGCAGGAAAACUCGGACGGCCUUUUUCUGGACAUGGACCAUGGUUUCCUUGCAACAGAAUGAAAUGUGGUGCAGCACGGGGCAGAGGUUCACGCCCUAAUGUGGGCGGUUUUACCUUGACAUGAAAGUCGACGCAUCCUCAUGGGUGACCUCUGCCGAGACCGCAGGUGUGGAGAUGUGUGCCCACCUGUGGAGGCGAGUGCAUGUGGUCCUUGCGCGCUCGUCAAUGUUGUUGAUGUUGUUUAUUUUUUCCUUUUCUCUAAUAUGUAACCCCCCCAUCCUCUCCAAAAAUAAAACAUACUAAUAAACAUU